CUACAGUCAAAUAGCCUCUGACAUGAGUGAGCGGUGAACCAGGCGGUGAACGGCGAAGUUUAUGUGCGAGUGACAUGUUUCUUAGAUCAUGACCGUAGUUUACUGGGUUACUAGAACCACGGUGUAAGAUAAACCGUGGUGGAACUAGUUCUGGGAAAUGUUCACGGGAUUUGGUCGGAGUAGAAAAAUUAAAUCAUUAGUUGGCCUCAUAGAUAUAGUAUCUUAAGAAGAUGCCUAUGUUUCGGAAUAUUUGUAAAAAUGCUGGUUUAAUUUUUCAAUAACUCAUUCUGAUCAAAAGCUGUGAACGACAUUACCUAAUUCUUCAUUAUUUCGUUCGCAAACGAUACAUCCCUACGUAACAUACUACCUAUUAAAAAAAUUCACUUACAUCAUGAGAUAGAGAUGUUCGCAGCUGUGUUAGUGGAUGCGGAUGGCGAUUGUCGUCUUGCUGUCACUCGCUUUCUGGCUGGUCGGUUUGGUCCAUGGGUUGGCCGCUCUUCCUUGCCUUUGAGCAAACAUAACCUAUGGAUAUUGACCGACAAUAGGCGUAUGUCUUUAUGAUUGAACACAAUUCACGUAUUUGCGCAUGGAGAUAAAUCUCGCUUAACAAUUACGGAAUACACAGGAAUCAUGAACGAGGACAGUGCAAUAGAUUCAUCCCCCAUUAAAAAGUAUGGAUGGUCGGUGAAGCUAAAUCACAUUUUUCCUGAAAAAAGAAGUCAAGGAUUCAUGCCCACCUGGCAUCAGCUGUACCCUAUCAUUCCUCUGAUUUUUCGAUAUUUGAUAUAUACAAUAAAAUGUUACUUCAAGGGAAAAGCUCCAGUUAUGGAUUAUGUAAAGACUAUGAAUGGAAAACAAAUAUAUGGAGUACCUAUCGGUGGCAUUGGUUGUGGAACAAUUGGAAGAGGAUUUCAGGGUGAAUUUUGUCGUUACCAGUUGUCCCCAGGAGUGUAUUCAUAUAAUAUUGUGGCAGCAAACCAGUUCAUUGUUACUAUAAGAAAUGAAAAUGGGAAAACAAUUUAUCAGCAGGUCUUAUCACCUCGGCCGCAACCCCGGCAUGAACUGUCUUGUUGGAAAUGGCAAUUUCCAGGAUGGAAUGCUCAGUAUCGAGCUUUGUAUCCACAAUCUUGGACGACUUAUAAAAUCUUGGAACAUAACAUUAUUCUUACUUGUCAUCAAAUAUCACCUGUUAUUCCUCAUAAUUACAAGUUUUCCUCCCUAACUGUGUUGCCUCUGCUGAGGGUAGCAGAUGAGCUUGAUGUUGUUGUCGGUUGCCUGUGGUGGUGCCAUGCGCAGGACAGUUCAGUGCCAGGGGCUGCGUUUGUGUGGAGUGUGGAGAAUCGUGGGGAUGAACAGAAGGAUGUCAGCAUUACAUUCACGUUCAAAAAUGGUAUUGGAGGACAAGAGGACAAAGCAGGAGGAGUCUGGAAUGAAUCCUUUUCACGGUCAGAUGUGUCAGGAGUACAAAUACAUCAGUUAAUAAAUGAUGUAUCUUGUACAUACGCAAUUGGUGCAAAGAAUCAGAGUAAUUCUUCAGUAAGUACAAUGACAUGGUUUGAUCCUUGUUCUAAUGGAGAAAAAAUAUGGCAGGAUUUGUUAGAAGAUGGAGAACUUUGUCAGGGAGAAAAGAAGUCUCCUAAAACCAAGCGGGGUCAAGAAACUGCAGCUGCUGUGUGUGUGAAGUUGAAAGUUCCUUCGGGUGCUACGUCAAGAGCGGAAUUUGCUCUUGCAUGGGAUAUGCCAAAGAUUCGCUUUUUUGAGAGUUCUAAUAUUUACAAACGCUUUUAUACUACUUAUUUUGGUGAUAAUGGACUAGUAGCUGAUGUUUUGUGCAAAUAUGUUUUGGACAAUUUCAGGAAUUGGAUAGAAUGGGUUGACAAAUGGCAAUCUUCUGUUCUGGAUGACCUCGAUUUGCCUGACUGGUAUAAAAGUGCUCUCUUCAAUGAGACGUACUUUGUUUCUGAUGGUGGUACUAUCUGGUUAACACCUUUUGAUGCUAAUCAGCUUGAACCUUCUGAUCCAAGGAAUGAAUAUGGCCACUUUGGAUAUUUAGAAGGUCAUGAAUAUCGGAUGUAUAACACAUACGAUGUCCAUUAUUAUGCUUCUUUCACACUUGCCAAACUAUGGCCUCGCCUCCAAGAAAUUUUGCAAUACGAUUUAAUGGAUUCCAUUUUGAAAAGUGACAAAACCAAACAGUGGGAGCUGUAUGAUGGAUCUAUUGAAGAUAGGAAAGUUGCCAACUCUGUUCCUCAUGAUCUUGAUGAAGAUCCAUUUAUUCGAAUAAAUGCAUAUCCAAUUCAUGAUGUCUCAAAAUGGAGAGAUUUGAAUCUCAAGUUUGUACUUCAGUGCUACAGAGAUUGGAAGUUUUUUAAAAAGCAACAGUACAUUGAAGAUAUGUGGCCAAAAAUUUGUACUGUAAUGCACGUCGCUGAGAAAUGGGACAGAGAUCAUGAUGGCUUAAUAGAAAAUGGAGGAAGUCCAGAUCAAACGUAUGAUAGCUGGGUGAUGACAGGUCCAAGUGCCUAUUGUUGUAGUUUGUGGGUGGCUGCACUUCACUGUACCAAAGAUAUUGCUUCUGAAUUAAAAGAUGAAAAAGCUUUACAUCAUUACACUCAGUUGUUUGAGAAAGCAAAACUUGCUUUUGAGAAGAAAUUGUGGAAUGGUGAGUAUUAUAAUUUUGACAGCGCAUCAAAUCCAGGAGCUCACACAAUUAUGGCUGAUCAACUAUGUGGUUUGUGGUACUUACGAGCUAGUGGAGUCCAAAAUGAAGUAUUUAUUGAUACACAUGUGAAGAGUGCCUUAAAGAAAAUAUUUGAUUUCAAUGUAAUGAAAUUUAAAAAUGGUACUAUUGGAGCUGUGAAUGGAAUGAAACCUGAUGGGAAAGUAGAUGUGGUCUCAGUGCAAAGUGAAGAAGUCUGGACAGGAGUUGUGUAUGGCCUUGCGGCCUUGAUGAUGCACGAGGGCAUGGUAGAGGAGGCUUUCAAAACUGCGCAUGGAGUUUAUAAUGUUGUCUACAACAUUAUUGGCAUGGGUUUUGAAACUCCAGAAGCUUUGUAUGCUGAGAAGUGGUACCGUGCUAUUGGAUACAUGCGCCCUUUAAGUAUAUGGGCAUUACAGCAUGCAUGGGAAUUACGUAAAAGAAAGGUAAAUUAAUGAGUUGAAAUUUAUAGGGUGCUUUUUUUUUUUUUACCAAAAAGUAUUUGUUGUAUUUGCAAAUAAAUUGCUCUGUUGUACAAUUUAA